AUGGCUGUCGCUUGUGUGACGCUUUUGCGGUCGCUGGACGACGGUUUGAAUGCCCGCGAGGCCUCGCUACUUCACGAAGACCCGCGACACGACGACGAAGACCAGGCAGACCAGGACGCCAUCACGGACUUCCUUCAGCGACUGGCCCAACAAGCAGCUUCGGCGGCAGGCAUCAGUGUAGACGCCCUGUUGGACGCGGCGGGCGAGGCGCACGCCACGACAGUUCUGGACUGGCACGGCAAUGCGCUCCGCUUUUUGGGCGGCACCCUGGCGGACUUCCUGGUCAACCUGGAGUCCCUCCACGCGGUCCUGAAGCGAGCCGGCCUGGGCCUCAAGGACGGCCGGCUCUCGGGAGUGCGUCAGGAGCACGGUCGCCUCGUGUUCCAGUGCCAGUCGCGAGGACUCCUGCUUCGGCUGCUCCCGGGACUGCUGCGACGGCUCGCCGGGCUCGUGUUCCAGCUGACCGUGCGCGUCAGCGUGGCCGGCUCCAAGCGCCAUCAGGCCACGCUGGUGGUUCAGCCGGAAGGAUCUAUUCCCGCGGUCUUCUCAGGCAGUUAUCCGUGUCCGUCGGUGAGCGGCGGCGCGAGCAUCAACCCCGAAGACCUGGCCGUGUCCGUGUCCACCUUCUGCCGGGCCUUCCCGUUCCACUUCAUGUGCGACCGGCAGCUCCGGCUGACGCAGCUCGGCCGGGGCCUGGCGCGCAUUUUUGGCGGGCGGGGCACCUCCGUGCCCUCGCUGUUCGUCUUCCUCGAGCCCGAGCUGCUCGAGAUGCGCUUCGACCACGUGGUGGCCGCCACCAACCUGCCCUUCCUGCUCCAGGUGCGAGACGACGCCAUCAAGCACCAGCGCUACAAGGGUAUGGAGGUCAAGGGCCAGAUGGUCCACUGUCCCGAGUCCGAGACGCUGCUCUUCCUGGGCUCUCCCGUGGUGGACGGCGGCCUGUCGGCCAUGUUGCGCCGGGGCCUGUACAUCUCGGACGUGCCCGUGCACGAUGCCACACGGGACAUCCUGCUGGUCGAGGAACAGGCCAGGGCCCAGGACGGACUCAAGAGGCGCAUGGACAAGAUCCGGAGCUCCAUCCAGGAGGCCAACCUCGCCGUCGAAGAGGAGCGGCAGAAGAACGUCGACCUUCUGCACCUUAUAUUCCCGCCCAGUGUGGCCAGGAAGCUUUGGCUGGGCGAGUCCGUCGAGGCCCAACAGCACGACCAGGUGACGCUGCUGUUCUCGGACAUCGUGGGCUUCACGGCCAUCUGCUCGACGGCCACGCCCAUGAUGGUCAUCAACAUGCUCAACGCCCUGUACACGCAGUUCGACCAGUUCUGCGGGGAGCUGGACGUCUACAAGAUUGAGACGGUGGGCGACGCGUAUUGCGUGGCCAGCGGCCUGCGCAAACAGGUGCACACGCAUGCGCAACAAGCCGCCUGGAUGGCCCUGAAGAUGAUGGCCGCCGCCGGUCAAGUGCAUUCUCACGACGGAAAACCCAUCCAGAUGCGCAUCGGCCUUCACACGGGGCUGGUGCUGGCCGGGGUUGUGGGCGUCAAGAUGCCUCGCUACUGCCUCAUCGGCAACGACGUGUCCCUGGCCAACAGGUUCGAGUCCGGUAGCGUGCCCCUACGUAUCAACGUCAGUCCGACUACCCACAGGCUACUGGUUCAGACUGAUGGUUUCCGGUUUGAAGCCCGGCCUCGGGAGUGUCUGCCGGCUGGCUUUCCGGAGCAGGUAAAAGGAACGUGCCACUUUCUGACCGCCUUCAUCCAUCCCAAACUGGACAAAUCUGAGCCCCUGGACGCCCACAUACGCAAGGCGCAACGAGAACUCCGCAUGGAUGCCUCGCAAACCUGGCUUGCCUAAGCCUAAAUCACGUAGGAUCCGCACGUAUGGGCAACAAGGUGGCAGCGUCAAGUGUGCCCUGCUGUGGAAUACCAUGAACGACAGUGAUGUCGCUCCAAGUUCUUCAACUUUGACUUUCUUGCUGACGUGGAAUAUCACGUUAUCUGAGCUACCAUGAGCGCCAAUAUUGUCGCUGCUACUUCUUCAAUUCUGACUUUCUUGUUGAAGUGGCCUACCACGUUGCCGGAACUACCAUGAGUGACAACAGUGAUGCGGCUCUCAGUUCUUUACUCUUCUGUUUUUGCUGAAGUAGCAUAUCGAUUUGACUGUCUAGAACACGUACAGUGUUUCAUCACUCAAAACUUUUACGUGGUUCAGUUCUUCACUGCAGACUGCUCGCUGACAUCUUCACGUAAGUGGCACAUACGUGGCGUGGUGGUUUUUUGAGGAGACGAAAGCCUGCAAUGGAUGACAGACCAGCCGACAAUGCCAGUAGAGUGCGACGUUAGAUGGCUCAAGCCGCUUCCUUUGAACUUCGCGGAGAAAGCAAAGACCUGGCUCAAUUCCUAACUCUGCAAUCUCGAAACCUAAUCGCGGAUGCAACUGUGUCCUUGUAGGCCCUCAACUUCCUUGCGUUGGUGACACGCUGCUAGAACAUCUGUCUGUGCUCGGUCAUCUCAGCGGCUUUUUUGAUCUCGCGGACCUCCUAAUGGCUAGCUGUUACGCAGGCGAUCAAAUGUGCAGGGAACGCUAUGUCUUCAUAUGUCUGCUGAAUGGUAGCUUGGUGUAAGAGCCCUUAUUUGUGGUAGAACAUUUGCCUGAGACUGUGGCAUGCAUGAUCGAACUGCAAGGUCGAGGUCUUCGCUUGCUUGGCUUUCAGAUGUAAAUGUUUACAAUGGCUAAUCGUGCUCUGUUAGUAAGGUAACACUUGUUUUUCUCUCAGACCAUUCGAGCUUUAAGUGUGACAGAAAACCGAAUACGUUUCGUGCACGCCGAGCCACCGCUCCCAACGUUCCAUCGCAAAAACGAACCUGGUCAGUAUUGUUUGUUGUUCAUAUUAUGGAUGUCAGCACUGUUUCCAAAUGAGAAAGUAAAAAUUAACCCGCGUGUCAGAGUUUUAGGAAAGGCUCAUGACUCCCUCCGUAAAUGUGCAAUUACUCAAUAGAAAAAUAGGCAGAGUGUAAAUAGAGAGAGGAAGGCCGUUUGGCGCCUUUUUUAUAUGAUCGUGCACGUGCUUACAUCCUUUUUUGAUGACUGAACGGUUUGCUUUUAUAGGUAAUUUGCUAUCUUGGUUGGUUUCUUGGUUUUUAAAGAAGGCCCACAUCUGAGAAGCCCGAAAGAGGUUGCUUUACAAACAGCUCAGGCUGCGGGUAAAGUAACCAAUAUUGUUUGCCAAUAGCAACAGCUUGUAAUGGUACGAAAUGAACACGGUCGAACUUAAAUGCCAGCACGCACUCAACACCUAAGCACACAGUUAUCGCACUACCGUUGUCUCGGCCUGUGGUGGCGUCUACAGCGUCCAGAACAAUGCUCGCUGCAGAGGAUUGUUCUAGACGAAGUUCCACUUGCAAAGUUUCGCUAACGUGUCACUUCGUUGUUUUUAUCUUCUCUCGUUACAUUGUUGUAAAGAGCAGACGACAGACUGGAGGCGCAUGGCGGCAUCAAUGCAUUUUGUAAUCCAUCACGUACUGUUCCUUUGUACGUACAAUGUUUUGGUAUGCUUCCUCGCCUUUGUUUGUCUUGGUAGGAGUGGCAACUUGCUGUCGUUUACGCGGUUGACCUCGGACAUUGUGGACACCCGACGAAUUAAGACGGCAAGGUAUAUACGCGGUGAAGUCACCGUUACGCCUACAACUCCAUUGUGUCUUAGGCUGAUGUGUUCCCCGCGGUAUCGUAAAGCUGGUCGUGCGAGUGCAUUUGUGAAUCGGCUGUGUGCCGCCGAUUUUCGGAGAAGCCGUGCACGGACGAUGACGAAGCACCUCCUAGACGUGCGGUGCACGUGAAGUGACUGAGAAACAUAAAUGUCCGCAGUUCUGCCGCGCGUUGGAAAUGCUUGUUUCGCAGUAAACGUUUCUGGUCGUUUUAACCUGUUGUGUCGGUGUACAAUCCCCCCUUCCCCUUUUUCCGCAAAAUAGAGUGUGGACAAGACCAAAAGUUAUUUUCAAUAUAUUAGGAUUUUAUUUCUUAAAUUGCUCACUUGUCGGGUUGAUUAGGAAGACUUGUGCCGUUUGUUGCAAACGCGAUGCAGCAGGCUAUAAAAGUGUCUCAUCGAUUAAAGCAGUU